UUUGCAGAGUGAGAAGAGACAAGAACUUCAGCUGAGGAUCCUGAAUCCUGGCAGCCAAACCCUAAGAAACAAGAGCUCAUCACUUCAAGCUUCAGCUGUUGUAUGGUCACAGGGUUUGGUUCAUUUCCCCCAUGGCAGACAAGGAACUUGGAAAUCAAACCUUCCUCACAGAGUUCAUCCUCCUGGGAUUUGGGGCUAGCCCCAAACUGCAGAUCCUUCUCUUACUGCUGUUUCUAGUGAUCUACAUUGUGACCAUGGCUGGGAACAUCCUCAUCAUGGCAGUAGUUGUGGCUGACCAGCACCUUCACACCCCCAUGUACUUCUUCCUGGGGAACUUGUCCUGCUUGGAGACCUGCUACACCUCCACCGUCCUGCCCAGCAUGCUGGCCAGUCUCCUGACUGGGGACAGAACCAUUUCUGUUGGUGGCUGUAUCACACAAUGUUACUUUGUUGGUUUCCUUGCAGCUACUGGGUGUUAUCUCCUAGCAGCGAUGUCUUAUGAUAGGUAUCUAGCGAUAUGCAAACCACUGCAUUAUACAACCCUUAUGAAUGGCAGGUUCUGCCUCCAGCUAGCAGCUGGGUCUUGGGUGAGUGGGUUACUGGCUAGUUCCAUAGUAGCGGGUAUGGUGUUACAAUUAACUUUCUGCGGCCCCAAUGAAAUUGACCAUUUCUUCUGUGAAUUUAAACAAAUAAUAAAUCUCUACCACAAUGACAUCUACCAGGUGGAGUUUUUAAUUACCAUUGUGGCUGCUUUAUUGACACUGCCGCCAUUUGCUUUGACUGUGACAUCCUAUAUUUGUAUCAUCUGCACCGUCCUGCGAAUACCUUCCACCACCGGGAGGCAAAAGGCCUUUUCCACCUGCUCCUCUCACCUCAUUGUAGUGACGAUUUUCUAUGGGACCCUGAGCAUUGUGUAUCUGCUACCAAAAACCAAGACACUCAGAGACCUCAGCAAAGUGUUCUCCCUCUUCUACACAAUUCUGACUCCUAUGGCCAAUCCCUUUAUAUACAGCCUGAGAAAUAAAGAGGUGAAAGAGGCUCUGAAAAAAAAAUGUCAGUAA